GUUGAUUGUUUCUCAGUACGAGCCGUAGUGCCGAACCGAGUUGAAGUGAGUUCUUGCGCUCUUCGACGUUUAUUUUGUUACUGUCUACUUGCCUUACUUGUUGACAACGUGUAUUUUCUUGAAAAAUAUUCAUUUUUAUUUUUCUGCGAAGGAAUAUUUAUAAAAAUGAGAAGUGUAUUAGACAAAUAAAAAAAGGAGGACGAUCGGAGUACAUUUGUAUUUGUGAAUGCACAAGGGUGAUUUUUUCAAUAAGUGACAAUGACAGUAAUUUCUUCAUUAUUUUUAUUACAUACGUAAACAUGCAUCGUAUAUAAAUAUUCUAUAUAUACGCGUGUAUCAACGUGUGUACAUGUGUGUUUGAAUUAAACCAAAAACUGUAUUACAUUAUCACACGUUUAAAAACAUCAGACAAAGUUAGUGUAUUUUUUAAUUAUCAUUUUUUGUGCACCGUUGAUAAUGAAAUUGUAAUUUUUACUUUGAAACUGGUUAACGUUCGUUGCGUGCAUUUUACACUUUAAUUGUGCUCUCUAGCGUAGAUGCGAUACCAGAAUCAUUCCUGUGAUUACCGGAAACACAAGACAUCGUUCGUUCACCGUCUUCUACAAAACUUACAACGUUUUACUGUUCAACAAAAGAUGAUGACGACGUAGUUCGAUCGAAAAUGCCAAUCAUCAUGGGGCUACAGCAGCAAGCUGCAUCCCAGGACACCGUUGAUUUCGUCGAUUAUUUGAAACCGUCUACCCAAUAUCAUCAGAUCCAUGGGAGUUUAUCGCAAAAUGAAUCAAAAUCAUCACAUAGAGACCAUAAUACCAGUUUUACCAGCACAAAGGGUUUGCUCAAUGGACCGGGUCAAAAUAAUUGUUUUCUCAACAGUGCUGUACAAGUUCUAUGGCAUUUGGAUAUCUUCAGACGUAGCUUCAGAGAACUCUCCGGACAUGCUUGUAUGCCUGAAUCCUGCAUCUUCUGUGCGCUCAAGGAGCUGUUCUCGGAAUUGCAGUCCUCGCAAAAAAGUGCCUUGCCACCCGACACGUUGCGUCGCGCCCUCGCCGAGAGCUUUCUUGAUCAGCAAAGGUUUCAGCUUGGAUUUAUGGACGAUGCUGCAGAAUGUUUCGAAAAUAUUCUGCUGCGUAUUCAUUUGCAUAUUGCCAGCGGACAAGCGGAGGACAUGUGUAGUGCUGGACAUUGCGUGCCACAUCAAAAGUUUGCUAUGACCCUCGUCGAACAAAGCGUUUGCGGUGCGUGCGGAGCCACGUCGGAGCCUUUGCCCUUUACGCAGAUGGUCCAUUAUGUCUCAGCAUCAGCAUUAACGUCGCAAGCUCGUCAGACUCAAGCUAACUCACGAACCAGUCCGGAUCUCUUUGGUCAACUUUUGAGGAGAGCCGGUGGAAUGGGUGACAUUCGUGAUUGUCCAAGUUCGUGUGGUGCAAAGAUUCAAAUCUGUAGGACGCUCAUUAAUCGACCGGAAAUAGUUUCCGUUGGGGUUGUUUGGGAUAGCGAACGACCGUCCCUAGAUCAUAUAAUGGAUGUAUUCGCUACGGUAGGAACAUCCCUUCGACUUACUGAUGUUUUCCAUAGCGUUGUUGACUCAUCUUGGGGUGCCUCAACGAUACAUAAUCUUGUUGGGGUUGUUACUUACUAUGGAAAACAUUACUCUACUUUCUUUUUUCAUACUAAACUAAAGGUUUGGAUUUAUUUUGACGAUGCCACAGUUAAAGAAAUAGGACCACGAUGGGAACAGGUCGUUGAGAAAUGUAGGAGGGGUAGAUAUCAACCCUUGCUAUUACUUUAUGCAACACCAGAUGGGACUCCGGUAAAUACUGAAAACGCCCCGAAAACAGUUACACGAUUUCCAAGUGGAAACAUAUUGAAAACUCCACCGAAGAACAACGUUCGUAGAUCCAUUACACCUAGUCCAGAGAAACCUUCGAUUAACAAUACAGCCAGACGUGCCAUUACUCCUAAUCCGGAUAGUCCUCCUCAUAUUAUCGCUCAACGAAUUUAUAGUGAUUAUCAAAAUCUUACAGAAAUACAGAACAACAUUUUUGAUAAUCAGAGUGUUGAUGUGGUUGAUGGAGAGGUCGAAUCCAAAUACAUAAGUCGUAGAGCGGUAGAGAGCGUAAUGCAACAACAAAAAAAGCAACAAAUGCAAUUAACUAGGAGUCUCAGUGCCGGCUCAACGCCUUCAGAUGGGAUUAGUAUACCAGAACAUAUGAACGUGCCAAGAAGACGAGAUUCUGGAAAUUGGUCAGGCGACAGGAAUAGUGCUUCUUCCAGUUCGUCCACGACCAUAGAAAAUCCAUACUUGUAUUUUGUCAAUAAAGCUCAGAGAAAUUCUGGAGUUCCUAAAAGUCCAACUAGCAAAUCUGGUGAAUUGUCUAGCAGUAGUAGUGGGCAUUAUGAUGCUGGAUAUGAUUCAUAUUCAUUGUCUUCUACGGACAGUCUUCCACUUCAACAGGGUCUUAAACACAAUCUACAGCUCGCUCAAAUUCCGGAGGGCUAUCAACCUUCAUCAAAAGACGAUUGCGAACGUCUUUGUAAGGAAACGGAUGCCCUUCUGGACAAAUCUCGAGCUGCCGAAGAAGCUGGAGAUUUCAGCACGGCUGUAGCUUUGUGUAAAGCAGCUAGUAAUAAAGCUAGGGCUGCAAUGGAAGCACCUUACAACAACGAUCAUACAAUUUCGAACGCAAGAAUGAAACACAAUACUUGUGUGAUGAAAACUAGGAGCUUACAAAGAAGAAUGUUACAAGAACAAACGUCAGCUAAUGUUGAGAAAGAAGAAGGAGCAGUUGAGGGUAGGCAUUCAAGAGAAAAUAGUAAGUCUGGUCAACAUUCUCGACAAAGUUCACGCGAUAAAGGUAAUCAUUCUCGACAGAAUAGCCGUGAAUUGUUAGUAAAUGCACCAGUAGCAGUUGUGGAGAAACCAACGACAAAAAGUAUCGAGAUUUAUGCGACUCUGCCUAAGAAAAAGACGUUGAGAAGCAAAGCUACCACUGUAAAUGUUAUCGAGGACGAGGAAUAUAUGCUCCAUGAUCGCCCAACUCAAAGAACCGGAUUGUUUGGUCGAACAAAGCGUUGCGAUGACGACAAAAAGGAUAAGAAACGAGCUAGGAGCGAAGAAAGAAAUAAAAACAUAUCGAAAGACUUUUCUAUAGCACCUUCACGCACUUCACCCUCUCCGAAAGGUACCAAAUCGAUUGAGAAAUCAAAAGAGAAUAUCGAAGUCGGUACAACGAACUUAAGAGUUUCUCAACAAAAUAACGUGAACGUGACUGAGCAGAAACAGGGUAAAAAGCAGCAUAAGAUUCGUAGGAAGCUAUUGAUGGGUGGGCUAAUAAAAAGAAAGAAUCGAAGCAUGCCUGAUUUGCGAGAGGGACAGGACAAUCAAGCAAAUAUUAACGUGGAAGGUACCUCGAACGCUUUGCCAAAGCAAUCCGUGGACGAUUCCAGUGUUGGUUUAAAGGGUAACGAAAUGGCACAAUCUCUGAGCGGUUACCUGUCCGAAGGUCAUUUGGAAUUUGCUGGAAAUGCCAAUAAUAAUAUUGGGAAUACGAGCAAUCCGAACUUGGAAAGAAGUCGAUUAAUGAGGAAGAGUUUCCACGGUAGUGCUGGUAAAGUAUUACAUGUAGCGAAGGUACCACCACCACCUCCUGUCAGAACCACUUCUCAGCUUAGCAAGUCUAAGUGUUCGGGUGAAGUGCAUAGCGAUCAGCAAGCUGAUAAGUCCACGUAUUCAACUUCAGACGGACAAUGUUCAUCUAACACAGUAACAGGAUCUCAAGAUCAAAACAACAGCUAUUGGAACCACAUGAACAAUGGAAAUUCGUCAAAUUCAUCGAAUCGUAAUUCUAAUUAUGUUGAUUACUCGACGGAGUCGCAUUCCUUACCUUUUAUUCCAUCUUAUGGUAUGGAACAAAACGGACAUCCUGCUAAUGUUCAGACUAAUUAUAACAACAAGCCUAGAAUUCAGGACGAUGUCGUUCAAUAUGCUAAUGGUAUUCUUUAUGAGCCUACCUAUGUGAUUACUCGUGCAGAUGUACACAGCGAACAAAGUCCUAUAAAACAGCAAGGUUCUUUAGAUUCUCUUCCACCCUAUCCGGAAAAUGGAAACAUCUCUCAUUCAAGACAACCGAGUGAAGAAUUCCCGCCCCCUCCAUACCCAUCUAUCCAUUCAGUGUCACAUUCCAGACAAGCUAGCGAAGAUUUCCCACCUCCGCCGCCACCAAUCGACGAGAAUAAUAUUGGUCAUGUUCAAGAGAAUCAAUCUCAGAGAGAACAAUCUCUUCAGCAACUAUACGUUUCCAAUCAGCAACGAUUACAUCGACUAGAAACUCAAACGUUGAAUAAUAUUUUCUCUCAAUUGCAAAUAAAGAACGAACAGAUUUUAGCUUCCGACUCGAAGGAUUUAAAAACGAACGAAGAACAGGAGAAAGAAGAGAAAUCUGCGAGCGAGACUUGGCUGAAGGAACUUCAAGCUAAACAGGCAGAAAAAAGAAUGAAAAAUCAGGCUUCGCUCGAGCAAGAUAUACCAAAAAUUAGGUCUCCAUCUAUCAAUACGAAUCAAAUAACAAGCAUAGCUAGGAGAACAAGUGAUCUAAUGAUGAAUAGUCUUGGAUAUGAUACGGUAGGUCGCGACGUUGUCGAUUGUCCUAGAGUAGUGUCAUCUGUCAAAGAUAUGGCAGCGAGAUUUGAACAAAAUAAAUUACAAAUCAGCUCGAAAGUAGACUCCGAACCUAAACCUCCCGCGAAACAAUCAAAUUCAAAUCCCGCUGUCGCUCCAACGAUUGAUAUGCCUCAUGAACAUCAGCAAGUAGACGAAACGAGAUUAAAAUAUUCUUCAGAUAAUUCGAAUACUUUCCCUAAAAUGAAUAAUUUCACUAAUCAACCAAUUCAAAGUCCAAGUUUUGAAUCCACGACUAAUCAAGAUACUUAUAUAUCAACUAUACCUUCUGAUAGUUCAUGCACUGUUCAACAGAGUGGAUUAAACGCAGCUAUUCUCUCGAUGUCUUUAACAUUACCACACGAGAAUGGACUACCUGUUGAUUAUCCUGAAGACGAUAUUAGUGAGGUAGCAAUGCAAAAUACCAUACAAAACAAAACCAUACUUCCGAACGAAGAGGAUAUAGAAUUGAGGAAAGUAAAGAGGAGGAUAGGUAAAAAGAAGAGCGUGUCGUUUUGUGAUCAAGUAGUUCUUGUAGCUACAGCUGAAGAUGACGAAAAAGAUUCGUACAUACCUAAUCCCAUCUUGGAGAGAGUUUUACGAUCUGCUAUGAACAAACCAGAAUCUGCUCAAGUACUUCGUGAAAUUAGAAAUCUUCAGGAAGCUGAGAUGAACAGAGAAAGUACACCGAGAUUCCAACAACAAACUCUUCCUCUUAAAUGUGAAGCUGACAGUGUACCUGCGACACCAUUCCAGGAUCAGUUAAGAAGCGUCAAUCCUAUUUCAAUUUCUGAAAACAUCAAGCCGAUGUUCGGCAGGCAAAAUUCAAAUGACUCUAUUGGUUCAGUAGUAGACAAAAAAAUAUGCGGAUCUUAUAGUACUGAGGCACAGGAUACAAAUAGAGAAACAUUUUCUGGUAUGAUUAUAUCUGCUUCAAAUCCACCACCAACUUCAUAUUCUCCACAACUUCAACAACAAAUACGUUAUUCUCAAAAUGGGUAUCCACAGUAUUUAUCAUCACAAUCUUCUUACACGCAAACUCAAACGUCUCAUCCUAGAAAUCAGAAUGUUCCAAUAUCACAGACGCAGAAGCCGGCUAGCCCUUAUCCGACACAGAUGCAUGGUAAUCAGUAUAUACCGUCCGUGUCUCAGCAGCAAAAGAAUUUAUGUCAGAAGAAUACUUAUCAGAAGUUUUAUCAGUUAGAACAGCAACACAAUCAAAUGAAUAAACAAUUAUCAGCCAGUGGUUUACAGCAGCAUCAAAAUGGUCUUAAUCAGAGGAUUUCCAAUCACAAUGCCAGUCCAAUAACUGUUCAGUAUUCUCAACAACAACUGAGUUAUCCAUCGAAUCAAUCGCCAAGCCCUUAUCCAAAUCAAUAUUCUCAUAAUAAUUGUCAAAAUUAUCCUUAUCAAUCAGUGCCUCAACCAAACAGGAUUAAUCAACCUUUACCUCAGUAUCAACCACCACCUAAUCCAACAUCAUCGACGACGUUGUCUUAUCAACAAAAGCAACAAACCGUUCAUAAUUAUCAACAGAGGUACGACAAUUAUCAGAGACCACCGCAGAAGGAUCAGCAAAAUGUUUUGGCACCUAAUCAAACUUAUCCUAAUCCUUUACAGAACGGACAAAUCCAAUCAAACAUGAAAUAUCCAGCUUAUCAACAUCCACCUCCUCCUAAACAGAACAAACAAAUCCACUUUCUUUCCACCGCGAAGAGUAGCACGCCGAUCAGCCAAACAUCGUCUUCUAUGCUGAAGUCAAGCAUAGUUGCUUCAUUAGCGGCUAGGAGUGUACUUUGCGAUCUUUGUCGACAAAAACAGGUGAUGGAACCUGCCAAAUUUUGUUCCGAUUGUGAUUUUUACAUGGCCCGUUUCCAGCCGAAAAAUUAAACUCGUGUCUUUAAUUGACAUUGACUUAAACUUCUUUGUUAGAUAUUAAGUUAAUAGACUACAUUAUGGAAUAGUGUUCUUCAUUAUGCCAACAAACCUUUAAACAAAGGUAUAUUAAGUGCAUUAUUAUUAACCCGUAACCGAUAUUAUUAUGUGUAUAGUAUGGUAAAGUUAGCAGGAUCUUUGAAAAGCGUUUAAAAGUUUAGAAGAACUUUAGCAAAAUAAGAUAAAAUAGUAUUAUGAAUAAUAUCUAUUACUUUAUUUAAAAACUAGUCCAUUUAAAUUUUUUCACAAACAUUUAAAAACAAAUUUUGAAGAAAAAGGAAAAGUUUGUUACAAUAAGUAUUAAGCAACUGCUGGAAUUUGAUAGAUCCCAAUUUACAAGUUACGGGUUAAGAUAAUCGUUUUGUACAUAAGCUAAUUAUCAGAUAGUGUAAUAUCGAAUCAAAGGCCUUCGUCGAAUAGUUAUUAAUUCACUGACAUUUGUAUUAUUUUAUGCGUAUUAUGUAUAAAUUUUUAUAAGUUUUUUAGUUUAAUAUUUUUUUUUUUUUUCUAAUUGUACCUUUUUAAGUCAUCGCCAUACGGUAACGUAAUUUAUAUACCGUAUAGAUAUAUACAAUAUUCGCGAACCCUAUAGAAUUUGUUAAGUUCACAGGAAUCCGUCUUAUGUUAAUAAUUUUAAUGACCUAUUGUGUAAAUAGCUUAUGCUAUCGUUCUCGAAUUUUAUAUAGCUCCGCAAAUUGUUAUUAUCGAACAGUUGUUAAUUAGAAUGUAUUUCUGAAUCUGUUAUAAACAAAUAGCGAUAUUACGAGAUUAGUUAGUCGAAAGAAAAUGCAGAAUUGUGAUACUAGACGUGCUACGUAGAACUUACUCGUAAGUUAGAAAAGAUACGUAGGGAAAUAAUUCGGAUAAAGAUAAUAAGAAGAUAAGGGUAAUAAAAAGAGAAAGGGAGAGAGACAAACAGAGAAAGAGAGAGUGAGAGAGAGAGAGAGAAAGAAAAAGACAAACACAGAGAAAGAAUGCGCGUGCGUGCAUGAAUGAGUGAGGUAAAGAAAAAUCCUUGAUCUCCUAGUAAGCGUGAAUUUUAUUUUAUGUUAACGAAUGUUAAAUGUUACAUAUUAUUGUACUUAUGUAUUAUGUUAUGUCAUAUUUUCGUUUAGAUCAAUGUACAAACUUUCGUUUUAUUUUAUUUUAUUUUUUCUCUUUUUUUUUAUAUACUUUUUGUAUAA